AAUGUGCUGCUUCAAUCUUAUGAUACCUGGCAAAAGGUUUAAGAAGUUCCGCUAAAAGGUUUGAAUAGGGACGUUUUUUUAUAUAUAAAGUCUGAUAUCCAAUAAGAAAAUCACACGUUUUGUUUUAAUAAAAAUUUUGUUGUUGUAUAUCCACAACUUGUUUACUCUAACACCCAUUUAGAUAUAGUAUAUCUUUCGGCUAUCUUCGAGUAGAGUCGGGUAAAUUCGGCACCACUGUUUACCAGUCGACGCUAUUUGGCUAGUAGUUAUCUCACGCCCCUACUACACAUCAUGUAACUGCAACACACUCAAGGUUACUGCACAUGUUAGAGGAAGAAUGGGAUCACAUCUGACAAGUGUAUGUUGGUCGGUCACCAUCUGACAGGAUGCAUAUCGCUGAUUUUGUGUCUGGAUCAUUUGCAGGGGCAUGUGGAGUUGCAGUAGGCUACCCUCUGGACACUGUAAAGGUCCGGAUCCAAACCCAGAAACAAUUCACGGGGAUUUGGCAGUGUGCAGUAGCGACAUUUUCAAAAGAAGGGGUGCAUGGCUUCUUCAAAGGCAUGUCCUUACCCGUCACCACAAUCUCCAUGACCUCCUCAGUGGUGUUUGGCACAUACAGGAACUGCCUGCAAUGUCUGAGUCAGGCACGAGGAGCUGGUUGUGGUCCAAACACCAAACUAGAAGUCUUCCUGUCUGGCAUGGUGGCAGGUAUAGCUCAGAUGUCCGUGAUGUCUCCAGGUGACAUAGUGAAAGUACGUCUGCAGUGUCAGACGGAGUCCAUGCGAGGGGGAUCCAACAUGCCCAAACCCAAGUACCGCGGUCCAGUUCACUGUCUGCUCAGCAUUAUCAAAGAAGAGGGGUUCAGGGGGCUCUACAGAGGAGCGCUCCCGCUCAUGCUGAGAGACGCGCCGUCAUUCGGCACAUACUUUUUGACUUACACAACUAUCUGUGAAUGGCUGACAGACGGCAGCAAGAAAAGACCAGAUUGGAGUGUUGUGAUGCUGGCUGGUGGAUUGUCAGGAAUGGUAGGUUGGACUAUAGGAACACCCAUGGACGUGAUCAAAGCCCGCCUGCAGAUGGACGGAGCGCGGGAGACGAAGCGAUACAAGGGUUUCUUACACUGCAUCACUGAGACCGUGAGGGUGGAGGGAGCAGGGGUGUUCUUCAAGAGCUUGGGCAUCAACUGUCUGCGCGCAUUCCCCGUCAACAUGGUGGUGUUUGUCACUUACGAGGUUCUCACUGGUUUCCUCCGGAACAGCCCUGACAGUGACCGGCCUCGUUUAGGGUUCGAAUAGUAUUGCUGAUGUUUUACAUACAUAAUGGCAAAGACAUUAGGCACAACAUGUCUGUUGAAUUGCAAUAAUUUCAUGGAAUGAGUGUUUCCACAUUCGUUAUUUGAUAAGUCUGUUACAUGUAUAAUAUUCAGUUAGGUAGGGUAAUGUAUCCUAAUAUGCUCAGGGGGUCAUGUAUCACUAAUGGGCACUGUUGGUGCCAUAGAUUGGACCACUAAUCUCUGACCACUAGAUGUCCUCCCUGGCCAACUUGUUUUGCUGUAUGUUCAUGACAAUUCUGCAUACCUGCUCCAGUCUUAGAAGAGCAGCGCAACAAGAAACCUCAACUGUCUUUAGACUUCUUAAGCAUAUGCUCCAUUUGACUGUGUUCAAGAGCUUUCAAGGCCUUGAGUUUAGAAUGAUCAAUCUGCUGCAGCACGCACACUUUGUAGUAUGAUACCCGUCCAGGCCCUCACUGAAUGCAUGCGUAUUAUUUUGUCCAUAAUAUAUUUUUCUGAAAUGUGCUGUUAUGCAUAGAGUGUGCUUUUUCUUUUUGUACUUUAAGUACAUUUUGAUGCAAAUAUUUUCACACUUUAACUUUAAGUAACAUUUAGAUGCAGAACUGUUAAUUAUAGCAGAAUAGACAUUAACUUUAUUUAUGAUCGGAUUAUUCCAUAAGGCAAGGCACUUUUAUUUAUUUAGCAUAUUUCAAAAACAAGGCAAAUUAAAGUGCUUUACAAAAACAUUAAAUGCAUUAAGACAUAGUGCAAAACAAAUGCAAUAUAACAUUUAAAUACAAUUUAAAACAGUCAUUAAAUAACCAAAAGCAUAGAAAUAAAAACAAGCUAAAGUAGAAUAAGACAGGUAUACAACACAAGAAUAAAAGUGACAGUGCAGUGCAAGAUAUGAAUAAUAACAUCAUUUAUUAGAAGGCAAACAGAAAAGUAUUCAGCCUUGAAUUUAAAGAAGUGAGAGUUUCAGCAAACUCUCAGUUUUCUGGGAGUUUGUUCCAGAUGUGGGGAGCAUAAAAACUGAACUCUGCUUCUCCAUGUUUAGUUUUGACUCUGGAGACAGAAAGCAGACCUGAACCUGACGACCUGAGAGUUCUGGAUUGUUCAUAAUAUAGUAGAAGUUUAGAAAUGUAUUUUGGCCCUAAGUCAUUCAGUGCUUUAUAAACCAACAGUAGUAUUUUGAAGUCCGUUCUUUGACAGACAGGAAGCCAGUGUAAAGACUUCAGAACUGGAGUUAUGUGAUCCACUUUCUUGGUGUUGGUGAGGACUCGAGCAGCAGCGUUCUGAAUCAGCUGCAGCUGUCAAAUCCAUUUUACAGAUCUGCAACUCACUUCACAACCUUUUCCACUGACUGCAAAACUUGUUGUAUAACUUCUUACAAUUUAUAAUUCUUGGGGUUAAUUAGUUCAAGUGACCCAACAGAAUAAUGUGAGAAGCUCACAGCCUUUGAUCUACAAGACCAUUUGGCCCAACGAUGCAGCGCCUGCUGAAUCUGAACGUCCUCUAUUACGGAUCCACAUCAGUGCCGAGCAAACUUUUCCACAAUCGGAUUCCUACUGAAAUUCUAGGAUUUGCAGACCGUACUGUGAAACAAGAAAACCCCUGAAUGUUGCCUUUGUUAGCUGCUUUUAAUUAAACCCUGCAUGUCUGUCCCCCCUUAUGCAACAACAACCCGCAAUUAUUCAAGCAUCCAAAUAUCUCAUUGAAUAAAGUUACAGGCUGCUUGGUUGUGAAAUGACUAGAAUUAAGAUAUUUUCAAUUAAGUUGUUUUACAAUGCUUCGAUGUUGCUGUAUUUUCUCACAUAACAUGCCCCUGGGCAUGAAGUAAAAGCUACACAAGAGACAUGACCCGUUUAUAGUGUCUGCAAGUGAUGAAAAAGAUCCAUUUCUAAUCUAAAUUACUACAUUAUUGGGAUCCUGGAAGAUCUUCGGAUAAUUUAAAUAGGUUUGGCGACAAGAUUAAUCUCAUUUCUGUUACACAGAGCAGAUCAUGCAACCGAUUAUUAUCCCAGUCGUGAAUAUUGUGUUGGUGGCGUUUUAAUAAGCAAAUCAGUGGGAUGAAUUCUAGCGCAUGACUCACAUCAGAUGAGCCUUUUUAUGUCUUUCAACUGUAUCACAGCACAUGUUUCUGUGGUGUAUGUUGUAUAUUCAGCGAUCACAUAGAAGUCCUCACUAAUAGCCUCUAAUUAUUAUGCUGUGGGAAAAUAAACAAAUUCAUACAGAAUGAUUGUUUCAAGACAUAAUCUUAGGAACUUCCGAUGGAUCUCCAAAGAAGCCCAAAAACACAUUAUAAAUCAACCAGUGGCAUUUGCGUGGGUGGCUCAUUAAAAUAAUGGGUGUUCACAUAAUGUUGGAAAGCUUCAUUUUGUUGUCAGAAUCGGUCCUCGGUAACUACCACUUGGGCCCCCAUUCAGCAAUUGCUGUGUGGGCUAUUUUGGGAGCUCUGAGCUCCCCUGUUAGUGACGUGUGCUGCUGGGUAAAUUUGCAGCUCCGGUGGCCUGGGCCUGCAACCUCAGAUGGCAUCAAUCGGGAGAACAUGGAGGGGUGGGAGGGAUGAGAAGGACAGCGAAGAUGCUACAAGGAGAGGGACAGAGGAAAGGACAGAAAACAUUAAAAAAUACAACUAUUGCAAGGUGACACAAGGACAUGGGUGGGGUUUGAAUAACAAGUUGUGAUGUUCAAAAUGGCAAAAAUUGAAAUGAACCAAAAUAACAAUCUAAUCUAACAGAAAUAGGUGUUUUAAGUGAAUCUAAUUUGAGAGACAAAAGCUUUUACUUACUGAUGACUAACAAGUGAAGGGAAAAGUGAUAAGUGAUGAUGGAGGUGGAGGAGUGGGGGCGCUAUUGUACUUCAUACUAACUAGCUGUGGCAAAUGGAGGGAGGAAAGGACAUUCUGAAUAAAUCUUUUUGAUGCUCAAUACAAUUUGUGCCUGAAAUGCUGUGCUUGGUAAUGUGUUUGUAAUACAUUGUUGUGUUUCUUGCAUGGAUGACUGCCUAAUGACAGAGAUGGAGAUGUUUUUAGUUAUCGAUUGGAAGGAAAAGAGCACUAAGAAAUCAUCAAUCACUACUACGCAAUGAAAUUCCUGUUAAUAAUCAAAUCCUUACGUUAAGGAGUCACGGUUAAGUCCUUAAUGUUAAGGUUUAUUUAAGUGGGAAGUCUAAUUGAGAUCAUAGCCAUCACACACAUGUGGAGAUGCACUGAUUAACACAAUACAAUACUUAAUUUUAAAUAUCAGAAAUUAACCAGUAGCCGGUCGCAAACCACUGGAAACCAGUCCGGUGUCAGUAUGCUGUGAACUUCUGCCAUAGCUGUGAUAUUAAAUCUGUUUCAUUAAGUUGUAUAAUGAAGUUUGAAAACUAACUGCCAAACCAAUUUCCGACUAGUGUUAUAAAAGUGCAAAACAUUUGCUUGAAGAAAACAACAUUUUCAGCAUUUCAGGGGGUUUGAAAGUGAUGUAGAACUCAUCAUACAGUACUAUGACAAUGUCUAAAUCAUGAUCAGAGGACAUAAUUAACCUCCAGAAACAACUGUGGUGAACAGUGACUCAAGGAUUUGAGAAAAACAGCACAGAUGUCUCUCUCUCCACCUGAGACGAUUUAUAUGAAGAGAAUUCUGCCAGAUAGAAAAACCUGAGCUUCUGUUUGGUAUGGAUUUUUAAUUUCUCCAAGCUAUUCUGGAUAAGUAAGGCCUAAUAAGUGUACAAACUAAGCAUUUCCAUUAAAGGGAAGUAGUUUUUGAAAAAAGAAAUCCUCCUAAGGGUUUAUUUUACUGUAUAAAACCAGUGUUUAAUAAAGUAUAAAAACUGUUUCUUUCAA